GAGGGACCGCGAGCCGCUGAUUGGUCGCAGGCCGCCGUGACGUCGGCGGGCGCUGCAUUAAGGCGAGGGGGCUUCUUCAGCUCAGCCAACAGCCAGAAGCAGUGACCGAGCCGCCGGAGCUGGGGAGAGACGCGCGGAGGCGGCAGACUGGGCCGGGAAACCAGGGAUAGAGGGACGCUUGUCCAGGGAGAGCCGGCAACGAACCGCGGCCCGAGCGGCGACAGCGGCAGCUGGUGCCGAGCUGUUUCCGCCGCGCAGAACUGUAGCCGCUGCACCAGGACGUUUUAGAAAGCUCUCCAAGCUACUCCCCCUCCUCUCGACUCCUCCCGCUGCAAAAGAAAAAAAAAAAAAGGAAGGAAGGAAAGAGGCUAGAAAGGAAACCCAGAUUUGCCACCAGAACGAAAAAAGAGGGGAAAAGAAAAAGAAAAGAAAGUCCAGCGACUGUGGGGUUGGACACAGGCAGCCGGAGCGUGGGCCAGCGAUGCGGGGCUGCGCGCCCAGGCGGCCGCGAGUUGUGACCGGAGCCACGAUGCACGGCCAGGCGCGGUGAGGAGCCAGCCCGCUUCACCUCCCGGAAGGGGUCCAGGCGCAGGCGGGGCGGUUCCGAGAACACGGAGGCCGCCGGGCAGGCCCGGGCCGAGGCGACGGGGCUGGGGCGGUGGGGAGCGAUCGAGUGCGCCCGGCUUCGUCCUCCCGGAGUGGUCCCUCUCCGCCUCGACGGACACAAACACUUCUCCAAAAGCGGAGAAACCUAGGCAACCACAGCAGUCAACAAGGAGAUCUUCCUCCGGCCCUCCCCUCCCUUCCUCCCCCCUCGGCGUGACCCCCGCCCCCUCUCCCGGCCCGCCGUGGGCGCCCAGCGCUUCCCGACCCGCUGUGCGAUGCCGGCAGUUUAGGAUCCAAAGCUUCGCUACUCAUUUUCUUCUCUUCCUUUAUAAAAAGAGGAGGGGAAAUCCCGGCGGCGGGCAGCCGGGCACACACCCACCCACCCUCAUACUCCGACAAAAGCAGAUGCACUUUGACUUCUGACAGCUCUACCUCAAGCCCGAGAGAACUCGGCGGCGCUUCCCCUGCAAACAGAGCUCGCCGCGUCGUCCUCUUCGUCCACCGUCUCCGUUUUAUUUAUUUAUUUCCGUUACCGUCACCGUUCUCGGUGACCUUCACUCCUCCGCGAGUUCUGGCCAGAAGAGUCGCUUUCGCGUCCGCCUGAGACUUUUUUCCUCGCCCCGGGAGCUGCGGCGGCGCUGCCGAGCCACGGGGCCUGGGGGCUCCCGGGCUGCGCACCACCGAGGCGUUUCCAACCCCCGUUUGCCUCGCGUUUCCCCCUCUGAUUUCCUGGUGCGGGUUUUGGCUUGCACCCGCGAGUGUGUAACCUCUUUCUGGAGGGGCUGGGGAGCUCGUUUCUUUCGUCUUUGGGAGUCGCCCCCUCGGCUCUGCCUGCUCUCCUCCUUCCCGGCCUCACCCGACCAAACCAAAGACCAUGGUGCACUGUGCCGGCUGCAAAAGGCCCAUCCUGGACCGCUUCCUUCUAAACGUGCUGGACAGGGCCUGGCACGUCAAGUGCGUCCAGUGCUGUGAAUGUAAAUGCAACCUGACCGAGAAGUGCUUCUCCCGGGAAGGCAAGCUCUACUGCAAGAACGACUUCUUCCGGUGUUUCGGUACCAAAUGCGCCGGCUGCGCGCAGGGCAUCUCCCCUAGCGACCUGGUGCGGAGAGCGCGGAGCAAAGUGUUUCACCUGAACUGCUUCACCUGCAUGAUGUGUAACAAGCAGCUCUCCACCGGCGAGGAGCUGUACAUCAUCGAUGAGAACAAGUUCGUUUGCAAAGAGGAUUACCUAAGCAACAGCAGUGUCACCAAAGAGAACAGCCUCCACUCCGCCACCACGGGCAGUGACCCCAGUUUGUCUCCGGACUCCCAAGACCCGUCGCAGGACGACGCCAAGGACUCGGAGAGCGCCAACGUAUCCGACAAGGAAGGGGGCAGCAACGAGAAUGACGACCAGAACCUCGGCGCCAAGCGGCGGGGGCCGCGCACCACCAUUAAAGCCAAGCAGCUGGAGACGCUGAAGGCUGCCUUCGCUGCGACUCCCAAGCCCACGCGCCACAUCCGCGAGCAGCUGGCUCAGGAGACUGGCCUCAACAUGCGCGUCAUUCAGGUCUGGUUCCAGAACCGACGCUCCAAGGAACGCAGGAUGAAGCAGCUGAGCGCGCUGGGCGCCCGGCGUCACGCCUUCUUCCGCAGUCCGCGGCGGAUGCGGCCGCUCGUGGACCGCCUGGAGCCGGGCGAGCUCAUCCCCAACGGGCCCUUCUCCUUCUACGGAGAUUACCAGAGCGAGUACUACGGGCCCGGGGGCAACUACGACUUCUUCCCGCAAGGCCCCCCGUCCUCGCAGGCUCAGACGCCGGUGGACCUACCCUUCGUGUCUUCGUCCGGGCCGUCUGGGACACCCCUGGGCGGCCUGGAGCACCCUUUACCUGGCCACCACCCGUCGAGUGAGGCGCAGCGGUUCACCGACAUCCUGGCGCAUCCCCCUGGGGACUCGCCCAGCCCCGAGCCCAGCCUGCCCGGGCCUCUGCACUCAAUGUCCGCUGAGGUCUUUGGUCCCAGCCCGCCCUUCUCCUCGCUGUCGGUCAACGGUGGCGCGAGCUACGGGAACCACCUGUCUCACCCUCCCGAAAUGAACGAGGCGGCCGUGUGGUAGCGGGGUCUCGCACAGUCCGCGGAGCUCGUGGUUGUACAGAAACGGACUUUUAUUUAAGAAAAAUAGAAAAAAGAAAAAAAAAACACAAAAAGCAAGCUACACCCCCCACCUUCCUCCAGCCUCGGGGACCAUUUUCCAUCCGGGGAGACCGGAUGGUAAAGGGGGACAUGAAAUAGGAUCCAAAUCUGCCUGGAGGGAGGACCGGGAUGCGAGAGCUGGCUGGCAGGGUGCAGGACUGGGGCUCCGGAAGGGAAGCGCAGACCUCUCCCCAGCUCGCGCCUGGACCCGGCUCCGCGGACUGAUACCGCGGGCGUGCGCGUCUAACCAGCGGGCGGCACAGAAGCAACCGGCGGCGGCUGGGGCGCACAGCACAGCGGUCGGACCAGGAGCCGCGGGGAGGGAGGCCGCGCCUGCAGCGGGAUUGGGCGGUGAAGCGUCCCGGGGCGCUGCCAGGCCAGCCAGGAGGGUUCUGGCUCUGGGAAACGUAAUAGUGUUGGUCUCAGCAACAGCGACAACAAACUCGUAUAGCUUCAGAAACACCGACCUGCUGUGCAUCAGGUGGGACUAUAUAUAUAUAUAUUUUUCGUCUCUCUGGGUUUUUUGUUUCUUUUCGUUUUUGCCAAAAUUGCAAAAUUCUCAAUGUCAAGCCCUCAGUAUCAACUCUUCUACCUUCACAAAACUCGACACACACAGAUGAACAGACACACUGGAUAGGUGGUCUCCAGCCAGGCCUCUCAGUGAAACGACUUGAAAAUCAGCUGUACUAGGAAAAGUAUUUUACUUUCACACACACACACACACACACACACACACACACACACACACACACACACAGUUAAAAAAAGACUAAUGAACUAAAAACAGUCAACUGUUUACGUAUAAUGUUAAAUUCAGGAGUUCAGUGUUUUACUAAUAUAUCCUGUUUUGAAACCUCUUGUUCAAAAGCAAAAUGUUUUGAACAAUCAACCAAAAUUGUUCAUUUUCUUUUCCUGUAGAUGUUCUGACAGAUUUGCAGGGCUCACAGCUCACUGUGCUAGUAUGUAAAAAGGUGUUGUUUACACGAGGCAAAGAGAAAACACGACAUUCGGACACUUGCCAAAUAGAAUAAUUAUAGCACAAAUACUGUAAAGGUGCCUGGCACCACGACCUGAGAAAGUGUUAAAAAAAAGUGUUACAAGGUUUAAGAAAAAACAUCUUUGCUAAUUUUUAGUCCUGUUGAACAUUCAUGGAAUUGUUAAUAUGACUUAUAUAGACCCACACAGGUUUUAUUUUUGUGUCUUUAAAAUAAAAGUCCAAAAUAUUUAAAUUUUAUGGUCAAAUAUGCAGUCAAUAGCUGCUACUUUUUUCUUUAUAUAUUAAAUUUCUCAUAUGUCUUUUAUUGUUCUGAUAAACCUAAGCUUGUGUGACCUCCAGUGCAUAUUAGACCAUUCACUGUAUGAAAGAAAACAUGUUGAAUAAAUUUGUGAGUUUUUAAUAAAAAUAG